ACCUCGAUAAAACCUGGGAAAAAAUACAAAAAGCAAUUCAAAAAGUGGCAAAAAGUAUACUACCUAAAAAAGAAAAAAUGCCUAAACUUCAAGACCACCAAAUUGAAAAUGAGAAGUUGAAGGAUUUGAAGAAAGAUAUAAGAGUAACAGGAAAAUGGUGUCAUAAGCUCAAAAAACCCUCAUAUUUUGAAGAUACAACAAACUUAUAUGAAAAGCAG